UUAUAAUAAGUGCCAAAUUACCAUAAUUUAAUAUUUAGUCUUAUAUUAUUUUUGAUUUAAUAAAUAAUAUAAAAAUCGCUAAUUAUGUUGUACGUAAAUAUGGUAUUUGGCACCUUAAUAAGAUACUUAAUAGCAAUGAUCCUUACAUACGACACAUGAUAGUUUUCUAUUUUAUAUAUUAUAAGGAGUAAGGACUAGGAAAAUUACAAUACCACAGAGAUAUACCAUGGCUGCAGAAACACACAAAGAUGAGCUAAUAUGGGUACCAAAAGAGGUUGAAGAAGAGCGAGCAAGAGUUGAUAUCUAUAAAUACAUAUUCGGGUUUGUAGAAAUGGCUGUAGUGAAAUGUGCCAUUGAGCUCGGAAUAGCUGACGCCAUCGAAAGCCAUGGACGCCCCAUGUCUCUCCUGGAGUUAUCAUCAGCCUUAGGCUGUGCUGCUCCAGCCCUUCAUCGAAUCAUGAGGUUUUUAGUAAACCGAAAACUAUUCAAAGAGAUCAGAAAGGAAAAUGUUCAAGACUCCGAGCAGCCUAGUUUAUACGCGCAAACUGCUCUUUCUCGCCUUCUCCUAAGGUCUGGCGAGAAAAGCAUGGCGACGUUCGUGUUGAUGGAGAGCAGCCCUCCCAUGCUGGCUCCAUGGCACGGCCUAAGCGCCCGAGUUAAGACCGAAGUUACUUCUUUGGCGCCAUCGCCAUUUGAGGUGGCAAACGGCAAGGAUUUGUGGAGCUACUGUGAAGCUAAUCCUCACCACAGCCAGCUCUUUAACGAAUCAAUGGCAUGUAAUGCUAGGGUCACAGUGGAAGCAAUAUUAGAAGGUUGUUCGGAUGUUUUUGAUGGGAUCAGCAGCAUUGUCGACGUUGGCGGCGGUAAUGGGACAGCUUUGCGGAUGUUGGUUAGGGCUUGUCCUUGGAUUCGAGGCAUCAACUUUGAUCUUCCUCAUGUUGUGUCUGUUGCGCUAAAAUCUGAGGGUGUUGAGCAUGUUGGUGGUGACAUGUUUAAGUUUGUUCCUAAAGCUGAUGCUGCUUUCCUCAUGUCGGUUCUUCAUGAUUGGGAGGACGAUGAGUGUAUCCAAAUACUGAAGAAGUGCAGGGAAGCUAUUCCUGGGGAUAAGGGGAAGGUGAUAAUGGUAGAAUGUGUUAUUGAAGAAAAUAAUAAUAAUGUAGAAGAAAAGCAUGAAGAGCUGGAGCUUAAAGAUGUGGGUUUGUUCCUUGACAUGGUCAUGAUUGCUCAUACUAACAAAGGCAAAGAGAGGACCUUGGAGGAGUGGGCCUAUGUUCUCGGCCAGGCCGGUUUCAAUCGAUACAAUAUCAGAACCAUUAACGCUAUGUACUGUGUCAUUGAGGCAUUUCCGAUGUAAUGUUGCCUAUAUAGAUAUAUUGAUGUGUGUGUGCUAUUAUUUGCAGUAUAAUAAUCGGAGUGAUCGUGUAUCGUUAUUUGUUAAGAUACGAUACUGAUCUAUGAUUUAUGGUAAGUUGGUUUGAUCAAUCUAUCUGUUCAAUUUCUUAGUUUAUUUAUUUUCUUUUGACAAAAAAUAAUAAUAAUAAAUUUUUAUUAUUUUUUUGUCAAGAAAAAAAAAUUGUGUUUUGAUAACUUUGAGAAUAAUUGAAUAUUCUAAAGACCUUUUAUUGA